AUGCUGCGCGAGAUCCUGGCCGCGCGCAUCAUGACGAAGCAGGCGCUGAAGCGCGCGCGGGGGAAGCGGCGGGGCACGCUCGCGCGGGUCUUGGACGCGCGGCAGCUCGCGCUCAAGCUGCUGGCCAACGUGACCUACGGCUACACGGCGGCGAGCUUCAGCGGGCGCCAGCCCUGCGCGGACCUCGCCGACGCCAUCGUCGACUCCGGGCGGAAGACGCUCGAGGCCGCGAUCCACGUCGCGGGCGGCUACGGCGCGGAGCUUCCCGUGAAGUACGGCGACACGGACUCCAUCUUCGUCGAGUGCCGCGGCAUGAGCGUCGAGGGCGCCCGGGAGCACGCGCUGCGGCGCAUCAAGGACGUCGUCGACGCCGGCACGCCGCCGGGCGUGGAAUUGAAGUUCGAGUACGUCUUCGACGGUUGUGUUUUAGUCACCAAGAAGCGCUACGUCGGCUACGCGGUCGAGGACCCGGGCGGCGCGCCCCAUUUACUGGUCAAGGGCCUCGAGGUCAAGACGCGGGACAACUGCGACUUCGUGCGCCACCGUCUCGAAGUCUGCGUGCGCGAGCUGCUGCGGCAC